CCGAGUAGGUGUGGCAUAUCUGACUUAUACCACGUGACCGCAGCACUAUAAAAGGACCUCCCCUAGCAACAAUUCAAUCACGAUGCAGACUGCAAAAAAGAACAAGACUAUGCCGGAUUUUGCAGCCGUCAAAGAGCUAGUUGAGCAACAUGUUGACUCCUACAGAUGCUCAAGAGCUUCCUUGGUCCAAGCGUUGACCAUUCGACGUCCCUUACUGGAGUUGCAAGCUCUUCUUGGAUAAAAUGUAUCUAAACCGCGCUCAUGGACCCAUGGAAGCUUAGCCAUCUUGUUGGAGAGCACCUUCCGUGUUUCUGCCGUCGCUUUGAGUCUUAGUACCGUCAAGCAUGGCUCUUUUCUCUUUGCUUACUUUCUUGAACAAAUGAAAAAACUAAAAAACAACUUGAAAAACUGUGCAUGCCUGGGGCUGUAUGCUAAUAUUCUAUAUAUCCUACAGCUGUUGACCAAUGAGAUCAAUUUGUGGUGAUGUAAGUGUGGUAUAAAAACUAGUUAUAACACGUCCACUCGGGAUGCAUGGCAUAUAUUGCACUCAGCCCCCUCGUGCUUCAGUGCAAUAUAUUCCAUACAUGUCAUCCCUCGUGCCCGUGUUAUAACUAUAGAUCUAACAUAUUCUGAAAGAAAUGCGUAAACAAGAUGCAGGCAAAGCUUUAUGUUUUUGGUAAACAGUGCAUUGAACCGACUUUUCGUGAUAAUCUGCAUAUUCCUCUAGCUGGCAGUAUGCGGCCUGGAAUCGAGGAUAUACUAGACAAGAUUAAUUUUAACGCGCAUGUGCAGUAUAAUUGCGAGAGCACGUAUAAAAGUAGUGAAUGUAGCCUAGGAUACUUUCAUACUGAGUUGCAAGAAGCAUUAGUCCAUGAUGAGUUGCUUACUGUGGAAAUCAGUCACUGUCCUGAGCCUGGUUUGGGCUGUUGGAGGACAAUUGAGUGGAGAUGUGAGGCUGAUAGAUUCGUCUGGUUCAACAGAUACCAAAAUUGGCAGACUGGAGGUCUAUUACAAUGGACAAUGGGGGACAGUGUGUCAGGACAACUUCGGUAUAAAUGAUGCAAGAGUGGCUUGUCGUCAACUAGGUUUCCUAGGUUACAUAGGCUAUGGGGUCGUACGAAAUGCCCUAACAGUGUCAGCAUCCACACCGAUAUGGUUGGACGAGCUUGGUUGCUUUGGAUCUGAAACUAGACUAGAUGACUGCCCACACAAUUCUAUUGGAAUUCAUAAUUGUGAUCGUUCUGACGAUGUGGGAUUAGUGUGUGCAAUAAAUGAAGAUUUGAGACUUGUGAAUAGUUCUGGCACCACUGGGUUAGGUCCCGAUGGUCGACUGGAGUUGUUUUAUAACGGACAAUGGGGGACAGUGUGUGACGAUAGCUUCAGUCCAAACGAUGCAAGGGUGGCUUGUCGUCAGCUGGGGUAUGAUGACUAUGCUAAUUAUGGACGAGUAGGAACAUUAGGUUUCUCCCAAUCAUCAUCAACCACUCGGACAUGGCUAAACGAGCUUCGUUGCUUAGGAAACGAGACCAAACUCAUUAAUUGUCCUGCUAACACUAUCGGAGUUGAAGAUUGCACCCAUACACAAGAUGUGGCCUUAUUCUGUAUUUCGGAGGGAGACCUGAGGCUGGUAGACAACUCAGGCCGAACAGGAGGCUCCUCUGGCAGACUGGAGGUCUAUAACAGUGGACAAUGGGGGACAGUGUGUGAUGAUAGCUUCAGUCCAAAUGAUGCAAAAGUGGCUUGUCGUCAGCUGGGGUACGAUGACUAUACUCAGUAUGGACGAGUAGGAACAUUAGGUUUCUCCCAAUCAUCAUCAACCACUCGGACAUGGCUGGACGAGCUUCGUUGCUUAUGAACUGAGAGCAGACUCAUCGAUUGUCCUGCUAACCCUAUCGGAGUGGAAGAUUGCACCCAUACCCAAGAUGUGGCCCUGUUCUGUAUUUCGGAUGGAGACCUGAGGCUGAUAGACAACUCAGGCCGAACAGGAGGCUCCUCUGGCAGACUGGAGGUCUAUUACAGUGGACAAUGGGGGACAGUGUGUGAUGAUAGCUUCAGUCCAAACGAUGCAAGAGUGGCUUGUCGUCAACU